AUGAAACCGAAGACUCUUAACCAGCAACUUCUUUGUGCGGCAUUGGCCACUUUGGAAUCUACAAAGAAAAACACGUCGACGACAGAAGAGUACGAAUAUGAUGACGAGAAUGAUGAAUCAGAAGGCUUGGAAUAUUACGAAUCCAGAGAGCAUUACGAUGAUACUUUUGGAAACGAUUUGGCCCAAAUAAUGAAGCAUUAA